CCCUUAACUAGCUGAGCAAAAGAUGCUCUGUUGAAAAUCCAUAGCGGCGCAGAAACACCUGCAUUUUUAUUCCUCUAUUGCCAGCUUCGAUGCCCUUAUAUAAAAGGGUCACCACAACAAAUCACAAAAUGGACUGCAAAUUCUGAUCCUGUAAACGGAGAGAGGGAGCAGAAGAAAAAUUCAAAAAGCCAACUCCAACGUCACCAAAUGCGGUUGAUUACUGUUCUGAUCAUUGCCGCUCUUCUCUUUGGUUUUGGCUCUGCUCUCAAGGAGGGACAAACAUGCGUAGCAGAUCGCAAUUGUGACCCAGGGUUGCACUGUGAAACGUGUCUAGCAAAUGGAAAUGUACGGCCCCGAUGCACCAGAAUCCAACCUCUAAACCCCACUUCUCAGGUGAAGGGACUUCCAUUCAACCGAUACUCCUGGUUGACAACCCACAACUCGUAUGCAAGGUUUGGAGAGAGGUCUGCGACUGGGUCUUUGAUUUUAGCUCCAACAAACCAGCAGGACUCCGUCACCAGCCAGCUUAAUAAUGGUGUUAGAGGUUUGAUGCUGGACAUGUAUGAUUUCCAGAAUGACAUUUGGUUGUGCCAUUCCUUUGGAGGACAGUGCUUCAAUUAUACAGCUUUCCAACCUGCAAUUAAUGUUCUAAAAGAGGUUCAAGCAUUUCUUCAAGCAAACCCGUCAGAAAUUGUUACCAUUAUCAUUGAAGACUAUGUUACCUCACCAAGAGGCUUGACUAAAGUGUUUGAUGCUGCUGGCCUGAGGAAGUUCUGGUUUCCAGUAUCUAGAAUGCCCAAAAAUGGUGGAAAGUGGCCAACGGUUGAUGAUAUGGUCCAAAAAAAUCAGCGCCUGGUGGUUUUCACUUCAAAGUCAGAUAAGGAGGCCUCUGAAGGCAUAGCUUAUCAAUGGAGAUACAUGGUAGAAAACCAAUAUGGAAAUGACGGGAUGGUAGCUGGUUCCUGUCCAAACCGAGCAGAAUCACCUGCCAUGAAUGCAACAUCAAGGUCACUGGUCUUAGUCAACUACUUUCCUGAUACACCAGAUGUAACUCAAGCUUGCAAACAUAAUUCAGCUCCACUGUUUCGCAUGGUGAACACAUGUUAUGUGGCAGCUGGAAACCGGUGGCCUAACUUCAUUGCUGUGGAUUUUUACAAGAGGAGUGAUAGUGGAGGUGCUCCGGAGGCCUUAGAUGUGGCAAACGGUCAUCUUGUGUGCGGAUGUGGAAACAUUGUCUAUUGCAAGGAAAAUAUGGCUUUCGGAGUAUGCGACGUACCUGAGGCAGGUGUUGCCCCUGCACCUGGAGCAGUAGCACAUGACUCGAGCUUUGCUCUUUUGGUUACUAGACCAACUCAAUUCCAGUGGGUGCUUGGCGUAAUUUUAGUAGCAAUAGGCCUACAACUUUAAACACCAAGUUAAAACUUCUACUUGUUUUACUCCCCCCCCAAAAAAACUACUAACCAUUACAUAACUCAGAUAGAUAUUAAUCCAAUUCCGAAAGGAUUGUACUUCUUAUUCCAGCUUUAUUUAUGGAUGUUGGACAUUAACAAUGGUUCAAGAGUGACGGCUAACCAUGGUCCAUGGCCAUAA